UGAUAAUUGUCGCGUGAGGGUGAAGCUGUUUAUGUUAUAUAAGUAAUAGUAAAAAAUGACAGCGAACAAAAAAGAACAAUUUCCCUAUGAAAUUGAGAGGCUAAGUGAUGAAGAAAAUAAAGAAGUAACAAGGUGCUUUAAUGGUGGCGUUGUUUGGAAGUUUAUUCGCAUUGGUCCACAAAAAUACUUUUUCCCAAACAUUUAUGAAAAUUUUGCCGAGCGCAUUUACAACUUAGAGCUGCGGAAGGACGAUAUUUUCGUUGCAUCAUUCCCUAAAUGUGGUACAACAUGGCUUCAAGAGUUGGUCUGGCUCAUCAAUAAUAACUUAGAUUACGAUAGAGCUAAAACCGUCAUUCUCAAUAAAAGGUUUCCAUUUCUUGAAAUUGAAGGUGUGGUAGGAACCAUAAACACCGAGUCAAAUGAGAUUAUUAAAAAUAAAAUGGAGGGAGCUAAGAAGGCGCUUAUACCAAUGACAUUUGAUGAUAUUCUGACGAUGCCAACUACAUCGCCCCGCUUUAUCAAGACUCAUUUGCCUCUGUCACUACUACCUCCGACUUUACUCAACAACAAUAAGAUGGUGUAUAUAACUCGUGAGCCGAGAGACGUGGUAGUCUCAUUCUACUACCAUACUAAGCUGAUGAGGAUUAUGAACGAUGAACCCGACUUUAAAACAUUUUGGAAAUUUUUCAAAAAUUCUGAAGUGAUCUGGGCACCAUUUUUCCAACACGUUCAAGAGGCAUGGGUGCAGCGUAAUCAUCCCAAUCUGUUGUUUUUAUUCUACGAAGAUCUUCUAAACGACCUUCGAGGCAAUGUGCAGCGUGUUGCAGAAUUCUUCGGUAAAUCACUGACAAACGAACAGUUAGAUGAAUUGUGUGAACAUCUGACGUUUGACAAUUUCAAGAAGAACAAGGCAGUCAACCUCGAAGAUAUGAUUAAAACCGGUGUAUUUUCGAAAGAUGGCGCUUUCAUAAGACAAGGCAAGUCCGGGUCUUGGCGAGACCACUUUGAUCCUGAAAUGACUUUAGAAGCGGAUCGUUGGAUCAGUGAAAAUCUACAAAACACGGACCUGCGCUUUCCAAACAUGGAAAGUUGAAGAUACGUAAUAUUAUCCUAUUUAGAAACGUAAGCGGAAUUUAGAAUUCAGAUGUAAAUAAUUUGUUAUUUUCUUUUAAAGUGAUAACGCUCACUUCUGGGAUUAAUUACACAAAUUUAAUUUGAAAACAAAAUUUGUGAACGAUGCGGGACUCCAACCCGCGACCUCUCACGUUCGGUGCGAGCGCUCUUACCACUGAGCCAACUGUUUGAGUGACGUAUCGUUAAUAAAUCUUGUAUGUCUUGUUUAACUCUCAUUUGUGGCUUCAUUGUUUAGAUUUUAAAGAGCGACAUCUUAAGUCAAUUUUCCUAAUAUGCAAAUAUUAGGCUUGAGCAGGUUAUCACUUGUAAAAUGGAUCCUGUAGAUGAAGUCACAAUCUGGGAGUUGAAAAAGACAUUCAAAAUUUAUCAACAAUACGUCACACGAACGGUUGGCUCAGUGUUAAGAGUGCUCGAAUGGAACGCGAGAGGUCGCGGGUUCGAGUACCUCGUCGUUCAUAAAUUUUGUUUUCAAAUUUAAUAUGUGUAUUCAGAUGUAAUAAAACUUCUCAUGAUUUACACUGAGAGCUGUAGGAGUUAUUAUGUAAAAUAUUCUGACGACUUAGUAAAUAAACUAUCUACUUGUAAAAAAAUUUACUAAAAUUUUCUAAAUAAAUAAUUAAAAAUUA